AUGCACGUAACGCAGCUGCUCAUAUGCAGUGCGUACGUGGUUUGGGCCUUCGAAGACGAUGCGAACGAUGUCAUUCAGGAGACGCUUCGAUACCUGCUGGACUUUAGCGAGGUCCCGAAUGCCAAUUCCACCGCUCCAACGGUGCGCUCCUCGCAUCGUAGUGCUGCUACUAUGCAGAGCAUCUAUGAGACUUUCGUUGAAGAUGACGGAUCGGAUGAUGGAAAUGUCGUCCGAAGCAUUGAUCCUGCGUUAGGCAAAUAUGAUGGUCACGAAGUCAUGGUAUUUGACGUAUCUGGAUUUGGUCGAGAACAGAUCAUGCGUGGUGAGCUACACUUCUAUUUGCGACGUCGCGAUGCUUCAAAGUCCGGUCGUGCUCGCCUGCUUCGAGCGAAAUCGUUAUGCCUCAAUGAGUACUGCAGCGAAAAUCAACAGCUAGAGGCGAUCAAGAUAUCUCCCGACAAAGUGAUAUGGGAUGCUACGAAGCCGUUGGCGGAGGCAAAUGCACUAGGAGCUGAUCAGUUGGUAGUCAGGAUUUCAAGGCGAGAUAUAAGAAUGCGCCGAUAUGCAGAACUUGUGAAGAAAUGCACGCCAUUUCUGUUGGUGUACUCGCAAGGAGAAAACCAGAUUGACGCGGAGGAAGUGCAGAAGAGAGUGGAGGGAUCUAGAAGAAAGCGAAGAGAAUUAGGUUAUUUUUCGUACAAUGCGGGUGUGGAAACUACUUCCUUGGCUUCAACGUCGACCUUAACAUCAACACAAGAGGGGAAGAUCAGGAGGCACUUUGUAGAAGAUCCAUCCAAACCGAGGAAAACGAAGAUACGCGGAAGUCGUAAUAGGAUCCCAGAAGAUGAUAUUUGGCAUGGAUUCGGGGAUUCUGUUGAUGAUAAGGAUCAAGUAGCUGACGAAAAAUCUAACGACGUACGAGUUGUGUUGCUCGGUGCGGAGGAGAAAAAAGCGAUGUGUCAGAAGCGCAGCACUCUGAUUGACUUGCGCUUGCUUGGUUGGGGAAAAUGGGUGAUUGCUCCGGCGACAUUUGAAGCAGGAUUUUGCUCUGGAAAAUGUCCCAAUCCGAUUCCGAAAGACAUGAACCCUUCGAAUCAUGCAGUCUUGCAAAGUCUCUUGCAAUCUGCAUCUAUCCCUGCCGUCUGUUGCUCUCCUGAUCAGAUGCGAUCUCUAACCAUUUUUUAUCGUGACGAAAUUGGGAGAUCGACCAUCAAAAACUUCAAGAAUAUGAUAGUUGAUUCCUGUACUUGCCAAUGAAAGCAAGGAUUCCGCAUUCUGUUCCGUUCAUUCCUAAUUAUGCAUUUCCUGUGUUUUUAUUUUGAGAGAUCGAAAAGGUCGAUUCGAUCGUGCAUCAUAGCUUUACAUUCUUCAUAAUACAUAUGUAAUCGUUGCCAGCGUGUACUCCUCGUUUCUAAGUACUCAAGGUGAAUUGAUCUUGCCCAUAGUUAUUACCUAUUGAUGGAUACUGUAACCGCUCCCCAGAAUAACUGUGCUGCCUGUCGUAGUAACGA